AUGACAUCUCCAGACGAGAAGCCACCCGUUUUCAACUACAUCCUCAGCUUCGUUCUAGUCGGCCUCGCAUGGGGCUUUACAACCCCUUUCAUACGCCGCGCCGCUCAAUCGCAUAACCCACCAGCGCAUCCGGUGCUCGAGAGCCCGUCGGUUCAGUCUAGCUGGCUCAAGUCGAAGCUCUACGGGGCUUCCUUCGCGGUCAUUGACUUGCUGAGGAACCCUCGCUAUGCGAUCCCGUUGGUUCUUAACCUUACGGGAAGUGUGUGGUUCUUCCUGCUCAUUGGACAGGCCGAACUGAGCCUGACUGUUCCUAUUGUAAACACGUUAGCUUUUCUUUUUACCGUUCUCGGCGAUUGGUACGUCGAUGGUAAAGUUAUCAGUAAAGAUACCGCUGCUGGAAUGGGCCUUAUGCUGGUUGGAAUUGGCUUGUGUGUCCAGAGUAAACGUUAA